AUGCCAUCCGUCGUAAAAGGUCUCCCUCUCUACGCCCUCUCCGGCAUCCUCCUCCUCGGCGCCUUCUCUCGCUUCACCCACGGCGUCUAUACACCACAAUGGUAUGCCUUCCAAGAGUACCACGCGCCCGAUGAUGGCUCAACGCUGGCGCUGGCAACACCAAUCGUGGACACAGUUGUCGCGCUGCUUGUGGCGAUUGGCUCCCGCAAAGCAAGGAUCUACGCUGCCGGUUUUACGUUUGUCACGUUUGCUAUUGGACUCGGUAUGCAGGUUUCGGCUGGAAAGGAAAGGUUGAAACGAGAUCCUCGCAAUCUGGCUGUUCGGCUACGGGAAUCUAAGGGGUUGGAAUUCUAUCAAAUCUUUUUUCGUUGUGUUGACGAUGUUCCCUCCAUAAUCCAAUCGCUAUCAUCAUGGCGAUACGAGUGUCCCAUCUCGCGUAUCGAUUAUCUAUUGAGUCAUGUCCGUGCCAGUGCGUCGUGUCCAAGGCGUGUAUUGAAAAGACAUCAGAGAAACCCAAGUCGCCAGCGAAAGCGAAUGGAAAAUCGACAGUAA